AUGCAAUCAAGUUCUCCUAGAGGGACAAGUAAAAAUUUUGAAAACUCAGAUAUUGGGGAUGAAAGAAUUUUUAGUAUUAGAACUGAAAACAAUAAACAGUCUUUAAUUAAAAAGAAAUAUCAAUUUACUGUUUAAUAAAUAGAUAAUGAUGAAUAAAUAGAAGACAUCAAUUUACUUUUUGAUGAUAGACAAUUAAAAAUAAUCAAUGAUUUAUCUUUUGUACAGACUGCAAAAAUUAAGGAAAAAGCGAAGAGAGCUUCAAUAUCUAGGAAAAUGAGUGUUAUGAUUCAAAAAAAAGAAUAAGAAGAAAAAUAACCAAGUUGUUCUUAUAUAAAAGUAUUUACUUAAGAGGAUAGAAUUAGAAUAAUAUGGGAUCUAUUUACAAUGUUAGUAAUAUUUUUGGCUAUCUUAAUAUUACCAGUUGAUAUUUCUUUUAAUAUUGAAUCCACUUUUUUAGAUGAUUUUAAUCUUUUUAGUUUAGCUGUAUUUACUCUAGAUAUAUUCAUUAAUUUUAAUACAGCCUUUUAACAUAAAGGUUAAUAUGUAUAUGAUCGUUAAUUGAUUAUAUAAAAUUAUUUAAAAUGGUGGUUUUGGAUAGAUGUAGGUAUCUAUAAUGAUUUAUGAUCAUAGUAUCUACAUUUCCAUUUGAUUUAAUUGUUGAAGCUGCUACAUCAAGUGUUGUUGAAGUUGAUGAAGAUGAAUUAACUAAAGAAUAAAGUUAAGCUUAAAAGGAUUCACUAGUAUAAACAAUGAAAUUGUUAAGAAUUUUGAAAUUUUUUAGAUUAAUAAAAAUUAUAAGACUAUUACGUGUUUUAAAACUUAAGUAGCUCUUUACUAAAUUAGAAGAUUAUAUAGAUAUAAGUGGAUCAGUUGUAACAAUAUAUUAAUUGCUUAAAUUAACUUUUAUAAUGCUUUUUGUAGCACAUUGGUUAGCCUGUAUUUGGCAUUUUAUAGCUGAAUAAGAAAAUAGUUCUGAUGGAUAUAGUUGGUUAUAAGCUACAGAUCUUGCUGAAAAUGAAUGGUAUAUAAAAUAUGUGGCAUCAGUUUAUUGGGCUACAGCUACAAUGACAACAGUUGGAUAUGGUGAUAUUGUUCCAGUUACUUCAGUUGAAAAGUUAUUUGGUAUAAUAGUCAUGUUGUUGGCUUGUUGUGUUUUUGCAUAUAUAAUGAAUAGUAUAGGAGGUAUUUUUGUUAAGUUAGAUACAAAUGAAAAAACAAUAAGAUUAAGACUUGGUUAAGCUAAUUAAUUUUUGAAAUCUAAUGAAAUCCCAAAAGAUUUAUAAGCAAGAGUAAGAAAAUAUUUAGAAUAUAAAUAUGAAACUGAAUCAUCAUAAGUGAAUGAGAAAGAUGCUUUAUCUGUUCUAUCAUCUACUUUAAAAGAUGAAGUUUUAUAGAAUGUGAAUACUUCUCUUAUAAAAUAAUCUGUUUUAUUUAAUUCAGGUAAAUUUGAGAAGGAAAUAUUAUCUUAAUUGCCAUAUCUUUUAGAAGAGCAAAUUUAUGGACCAGAAGAAUGUAUAUUUUUGGAAGGAAUUGAUCCAAUAGAGAAAGAAAAUGGUAAUAAUAUUUAAGAUAGAAAUUUAUACUUUUUAAAUUAAGGAUAAGUUCUUAUUUGUAUUUAGAAGACAAUAACUUGUUUAAAAAUAAUUGAAGAUGGAGCUACCUUUGGUGAAUUAGCUUUUUUUACAGAUAAACCAAGGAGUGCUUCUGCAUACACAUUAAAUUUUGUUUAUGUUUAGAUUCUUAAUAAAAAAAAGUUUUUUGAAAAACUGAAAUUAAAUAGUAAUUAAAAUUAAAUUUAUUUAAUGAAUAAACACAUUGUUGAAAUUAAUAAUGAUUAUACACCAUUAGGAUAAUGUUGUUUUGCUUGUUAAAGUAUGUCUCACUUUGCUUAUGAAUGUCCUAAAUUACAUUAUGUUAUAAAUGAGGAGAAACGUUUCGAAAUAAUUAAAGAAGAAUAAAGUAAUUAAGAAUAAAAUUUAAAAAUAUUUAAUAAAUAAUUUAUUAGAUAAAAUAAACGAAUUAAAUAUAACUCAAGAGCUAAUUCUCAAUUAACCAAUAUUGUAGCAGAUGAAAUCAAAUUUGUAUAUAAUAAUAUCCAUGAAAGUGAAGAUGAAUUAUAAAUUUAAUUGAAUCAGUAAAAUAUCAUAUAAUCUUUAGAUCAAAUAGUGAAGAGGAAGAAGAUGAAAAUCCUUUUAAAAUUAGUACAAAAGGAUAACUCCCUUAUUUUUCAGAAGAAACUAAUAUUGAUAGAAUGUGCAAUUUCCCUCUUUUCUUUCCUAAUUAUAACUAUGAUAAAAUUAUAUCCUCAUAUAACUAAUUCACAAAAGAUAAAAUCAAUUAAUAAAUUACAGGAAAGAAAAAUUAAAUGAUUAAGAAAAAUAGAAGUCAUAGAGUCAGUCGAUCUCAUUCUGCAGAAAGAGCUGAAUAUUUUUAAAAAUUAGAAGAAAAAUGCUUUGCUGAAUAAUGA